AUGCUUCGUCAAGUAACUGGAUUAUUCAAAGCUCAAAGCCAAGAAAGCUUGAUCAAACAAUACACACAAGACCUAGCAAGAAUAACAUCUCAAAUACACGAACUGGAUAAGAGGCUUAAGCAGAAAGAUGUAGGGAAAUCCUUGUGGCACCGACGUUUUUAUUUACAUGGUUCUGGGAUUUUGGCACUCAUAAAUGCAGUGUUGUAUGCGCAACUCACCGACAAACAUUUCGUCAUUGCAUCGCUGAUUAUUUCAGUGCUAAUUAUUCUGUCACUCAAAUCAGGAAUCGACAGGUGGUACGAUUUUUCCAAGCAGCGUACAUUGAGGAAAGUGGAACGGCUGAGAGCGCAACACCAGGAAAAGUUAGAAACUUUAAAACAAAAGACACAUUUCUAUUCCACUAACUCACUGAUCAAGCGGUUUUCGUCAGGCCAACAGGAGGAAGAAGACGCCGUGACACUGAUGGACGAAGAAAUGAGAACGAAAUACGAAGAACUGGAUAAGCUAAAACGUGAGCUUGCAGACUUUCAAAAGCAGCAGGGAAAUCCGCAAGAAUCGGAAGUGCAGAGAGACAAAUGGUUUGACAAAGUGCUGGAUGUUAUAGCGGGUGGAGAAAUGAAGAACGAUUCCCAGUUCAAACCAGUGAUGUGUGGAAAAUGCAAAAAACACACUGGCAGCUACACUAUUCCGGGAACAACUCUACGAUAUGUGUGUCCACUAUGCGGUUGGCGCUACGAAAGCAAGGAAAAGGCGUCGUCGGUGGCCCAAGAGAAGAACCAUGCCAAGCCCGAUGACAUUGUCAUUGAGACACCAGAAAAAAAAAGGGACCUUUCAGACUUGGAUUCGCAGCCCAGGUUAAUACCUAAAUAG